AUGUUGCGCACAAAGGGGGGUUUUAGCCAUGUUCGUGGCUAUAACUCAAGAGAGUCGAGCUCACGUUGGACGUGGGACCUCCCCCGAUGGUCAUGGGCCUCCCCAUCGAGGCCUCAUUGGCAGAGGCUUACCGAAGCUGAGGAGGGUACGUUUGCGAACCAACGCCAACCAUUGACGUCGGGCGGUAAUCGGGAGGAUAUCCAACCCCACGAAGAUGACCGGUGGUGGGUGCGCUUGUACGGCAUAAUUCUUGUCAACGUGCUCUACAAGCCGGCACAAAUCUUGAUCUGGCUUGUUAUGCCGCUGGCACAGUUCUUUCGGGAAUUAUUUACAAGUAUAAUACUGGCGCUGCGGCACUUCGCACUGCUUACGAUUCGAGCACUCACCCCUGGGCCGGAAUGGCGUGCGUUUUUGAUAUUUAUUACCUUGUUCCUAUGGAUGGUAGCGGGUAUUCCGUGUCUUAUUAGCACAGGCGUCCUUUGA